GGCACAGCAGCGCCGCCCGCCGCCCGGCCCGGUGCUGUGUGUAAGGCUGCCCCGCCCCGCUCCCCAGUCAGUCAGUCUCGCUCCGCCCGAGUCCCCGCGCGCACGAGCCCGACGCCGCCCGCCUGUCCCCUCUACGGCCGCUCGCGGUCCCCACGCGCGCUCACUCGUGCCGCCCCCUCGGCCGGCCUCUGCAGCCGGCUCGACGACAGCGUCUCGUCUCGCGGUCAUUCCCUCCACCUCUGAAACAAUAACAAUAAUAACAACAACAAUCUCAAAAACAACGACGCUCGCUCGUCCGCGUGUGCGGCCGGCCCCGGCGAGGUGCAGCCAGUCCCCCUUUCGCCCGCCUGCGUCGCCCUCCAGCCGCAGGACAGCAAACAACGGCCCGGAGCGCUUGAUUUAAAGGUAUGAGGACCAUCCAUCGGCACUUUGUCGUACUCUGGUAGAGUAGAACGUCAUCGACGCGCAGGCAUGUCGCCACCCCCCUGACGCCGUCCUCGAAGGCCCUCCGCGGGCCGCUCGCGCCCUCUGCCGCCAUGACGACCAUGCUGAUGACGACCAUGACCAGCAUCCUGGCGUCGUCCGAGAUGUACGCGGUCGACUACGCCAACGGCAGCGACCAGAACAUGACGCACGGCAACGACUCGUUCUCGUGCAACGUCGACAUGCCGCCCACCGCCAUAAGGCAGGCCAUGGGAUACUUCUCCAUGGCCCUGUACUUGGUGGUGUGCAUCGUGGGACUGCUGGGCAACACGCUCGUCAUCUACGUUGUGCUGCGCUACUCCAAGAUGCAGACCGUCACCAACAUGUACAUUGUCAACCUGGCCGUGGCGGACGAGUGCUUCCUCAUCGGCAUCCCCUUUCUCUUCACCACCAUGCUCCUGGAGCGGUGGCCCUUCGGCAACGGCAUGUGCAAGGUGUACAUGACCACCACCUCCAUUAACCAGUUUACCUCGUCCAUCUUCCUGACGAUUAUGAGCGCGGACCGGUACGUGGCCGUGUGCCACCCGAUCUCGUCGCCCCGAGUGCGGACACCUUUCAUCUCCAAGGUGGUGUCGCUGACGGCGUGGACGGCCUCGGCGCUGCUCAUGGUGCCCGUGUUCAUGUACGCGAGCGAGAUGGAGCGGGGCGGGCCCAACAGCUGCAACAUCUUGUGGCCCGAGUCGGAGAACGUAAGCGGCCAGACUGCGUUCACGCUCUACUCCUUCAUCCUCGGUUUUGCCAUCCCGCUGGUGCUCAUCUUCGUCUUUUACAUCCUGGUGAUCCGAAAGCUCAAGACGGUCGGGCCCAAAAACAAGUCGAAGGAGAAGAAGAAGACGCACCGCAAGGUCACCAAGAUGGUGCUGAUCGUCAUCACGGUGUACGUGUUGUGCUGGCUGCCGUACUGGAUCACGCAGGUGGCGCUCAUCUUCACGCCACCCAACCGCUGCCAGAACAACUUCACCGUCACCGUCUUCUUGUUCGCCGGCUGCCUCAGCUACUCCAACUCGGCGAUGAACCCGAUCCUCUACGCCUUCCUCAGUGACAACUUCAAGAAGAGCUUCAUGAAGGCGUGCACGUGCGCGGCUGGCAAGGACGUGAACGCCACUCUGCACAUGGAGAACUCCGUGUUCCCCCGCGGCCGGGCCAAGGACGCCAACAAGAACAACGCCCUGAAGGCCAAGAACAGCUCCGGCCUGCUGCACGCGCCCGACGACGACGACGGUGAGGUGGGUCCUCUCGUGAGCCGGGCGGACCAGUCCACCACGGCCAUCACGAUGACAUCGCGCUCCAAUGUAAGCAGUGAGGUCAACAAUUCGAUGACAACCAUCAAAAACGGCACCAAAUCUGGCGCCACGUUGAUGCCGACGCAACUCUAGGACAGCGCCCAGGGACGACAGCUGCUGGUCACUCACCUGUAAGCUGCCGUCCCUGAAGAGUGUUCCGGCUCGAGGUCCAGCCCCCCCUCGGGCCGGGACCGGAAAAGACUUAGCUUCCGUGCCAAUGUGUGGUAAAAGGCUGCCAGCAUGCGGCCCUGUAUAGUAUGAAGUGUAUACACACAAUCUGGGACUAUUUUUAAGUGUACAAGAUUAGAUCUGUUUGGUUAUAUCGUCUAAGAUGAAGUAUUCGUUUUGUGUGGUAAGGACGGAGAGGCGGAAAUCAUUCCGUCUUAGCUGCAAGCAAAUUGUGGAUCAAAUUUACCCUGAAAAUGGACGGAUUAUUUUUUAAUCUCAACUUAUUGAAUCUGUGGUAGUUAGACGUAAAAGUUAAAACUUUGAUUAUCUCCAAAGAUAUUUUAUUGUUCCAUGAGAUCUUUAAAAUAUUAUAUCUGUAUGAAAAAGUAUGCAUUCGUGUGUCAUAGUUUGUUUUCAUUAUGUUAUUAUCUGUGUAAUUUAUUGAUUUAUAUUGCAAUAGUGAUGUAAGAAUGUUCCAUCAGAACUCCCCACAGAAGUAAUUUAUUAAUUUAUGAAUCAUAGGAAGGAGGAAGGUAUACCGCACAGACCAGACCAUAUCAAAUGCUGUAAGGUUUCACUUGUUGAAGAUGUGUUACUGGAUAGAGUGCGAGACCCAUGCUCUGCGUGAAUUCUAGCUCAAAAGUUUGAAGUUGAUGUUUUGUUUCUGUUUAGGUCUUUUAUCGAUUGAAAGGUAUAUUAAAUAAAACGUUUUAUUGCCUUUUUUUAUACUUAACGUAUUUGCCUGGACAACAUUUGUUUCGAUCAUUGGGUCACAUACCAGACCAAUUCAUGUAUUUAUGUAAAAACUUGUUUUUACAUAGUCAUAUCAUUUAUUCAGAAUUUAUAACCAGAUAUUGUUGAGUUCCUGAUAACCAAUCCAGCGCUGGAGCUGCCCUAUUUAUGUGAACAGUAUUAGCUAGUAUAUAGUUGUGGGAUAAAUUGUUGACCUGUUUACCUCCAUUCAUAAGAUCUAUCUGGAAUGUGAACUAGCAUAGUAACAGCGAUUAGUGCGUGGGUAGCUUAGUCUGCUGUACAUUGUUUCACGCACGUUCAGUACCUAACAUUCUAGUCUUGAUCAUAGUUAUAUUUUGCAAACUUGGGUGUAAAUGCUAUAUGUGUUAACCACUGAUGCAGCCUCAAUCUUAACUUUGUCUUUGUGAUAUGGCUCCGGUAGCCAAACUAUUUGCCAGUGUACAUGUAUCUUAAAACUAGCUAUAAAUAUAGCUAGUUCAUUAAUUUUAUAAAUGACCUGUUGAACAUUAAUUACUAAUCGAUUAAUCUGCCUCUGUUGUGAACAAAUACUACUAGACGGCUGAAAUUCCUUUUCGCAGUGAUGUACUGUUAUUUACUUCGAUUAGUUCCCAUCUCUUUUACAAAAUGCAUCGUCCAGUGUUUAAUUUUACCUCAGUUAUGGCCACCCUCUUUUUAGAAUGCAAAUGCCAUAUCUCUCUGUAAAGUUUUGGCGUCUAAUAAUUCUCUUGAUGUGCCCAAAAAUAUGUCUUUUGAAUUAAAACAAAGUCUUUUCGUAA